UGCAUCUCCACAGCGUCACGCUCAUCUUCAACCCCGGCUGUUGAACAUACCACCUACCUAUCCAAGACAAACGCAGACUAUCAUACUGCCAUGGCUGCCAAGGACCUUCUUAUCAUCGACCCCGCAUUCAUCACUGCAGACGCCGUCAUCCCACUUAUACUACUCGCCGGCGGUGGAAGACAUUCGGUAUAGAGUCUGGUUCCCCAUCCUCCCAUGACGUGCAACUACAAAUCCAGUACAACAUGACGGAGCCCGCUCUAAAAGAUGCAGAUCUUCAAGAUGCAUAAAUAGCCUCAACGUCCUUGAGAAAUUCCAGUUAGCAACCAUACCUUGAAUUUCAAUUGCCAUUGCAAGCGGAGUUGCAUCUUCCCCUAAAACCAUGGCUAUUCUCGCACCAAUCCUAGCCUUCUUCCUAUUUUCCCUAGUCAGUGCAGCGCCCCAAGCAUCACCCUCCCCGAGCUCUCUUUCUCCGAGUCCAUCUGCGUCAAACUCGUCAAUCUCUCUCACAUCGGAGGAAACAGAAGAGCUAUACAAACUCCAUGAGGAACUCGUAAAUAUACCUUCGAUCUCCGGUGACGAGGUUGAAUGUGCAGAAUACGUAUCUGAGUAUCUGGAAGAGCUUGGAUAUUAUGUUGAGAAACUCCAAGUCGGAACAACAGGCACAUUCAAUGUGUUUGCGUACUCGACAGCCCUGAAAAAUGAGGGUGUCUGGCCCGAAGUCCUCAUCACAAGUCACGUUGACACUGUCCCUCCAUUCUUCCCCUUCGAACGCCGCGAAAGAAACGGCACAAUAUACCACUCAGGCCGCGGCACAGUCGACGCCAAAGGCUCCGUAGCCACCAUGAUAACCGCCACCCAUAAGUUCCUGCAAUCCCGCUCCGACACGCCCCGCCUAGCCAUGCUCUUCGUCGUCAGCGAAGAAACCGGCGGCGCCGGCAUGCAAGCCUUCGCCGCGCACGCACGCAACCAAACCUUCCGCGCCGCCAUCUUCGGCGAGCCAACAGAAGGCAAGCUCGCCAGCGGCCACAAGGGGAACCUCGGCCUGACACUCAACGUCGUCGGCAAGGCGGCGCAUUCCGCCUACCCCUGGCUCGGCGUCAGUGCGAUUAAUUUCCUCGCCGACGCCAUCGUCGCGCUGAAUAGUCUCGAGCCUGCGCUCCCGGCCGGCGACCUCCUCGGCGCUACGACCUUGAAUACGGGACGCAUCCAAGGCGGCGUUGCGAGCAAUGUCGUCCCUGAGAGCGCAAACGCGAGUAUCUCCAUCCGCGUAGCGCAGAGCCAGGACAACGCCGUCGAGCUCGUGCGCGCCAUGGUCGCCGGUAUGCUCUCGCCCAUCGUCCAGCGUGCGGCGGACGCAGGUGCAAACUUUACCCUGACGUUUGCCAAUGCCUCGUACCCCGCGGUCAUCCUGAAUACGGAUGUUGAGGGCUUGGAGGUUGCGCCUGUGUUCUAUGGUACGGAUAUACCGAGCUUGCCGCAGGUGCAGAAGAGGUAUUUGUUUGGGGCGGGCUCGAUUGAGGUUUCGCAUACGGCGGGCGAGGAACUGAGUCAGGGGGAGUUGGUGCGGGCGGCGGAGGCGUAUGGGAUGAUUUUGAGUACUUUGUUUCCGGAAGGUUGAGGGGUGGAUGGUAAUGGCUGGGGCUUUUCUUUCGAUGUGAACAUAUCAUGUAUGGCUGCGGUAAAAAGUGCUUUCCGUCAGUACUGGAGGGAAUAUCAGAUGCGAAUAGAACUAUGCCAACAAAAGGAGGCACG